GAGAGUUUGUGAAGAAGGGAGGGGGAGAUGCUAUCCCAGUGAUUUAAAAACUCAAUUGUUUGGGAUUUCUAAGCCGGUUCAUGGAAAGUAAGAGUCUGCACAGAAUUUUUUCUCUCUUCUCCCUGCAGUGUGGGGGGCACAUUCUAUGAAAGGCAGGAGGUAAGGGCGGGGGGUGAGACUUCUCACUUAGGGGCUGUCUGAAGCCCGGAUUUGUCCUUAGUGACUUUGAGGUGGGUUUAUCGAGGAUCACCAGACAAUUUCCUAACAAAGCAUUAGGACACAUGCUACCUGUUACCUGUAUGUAGGAAGUAUUCAUCCAUAGGUAACUUUUCAAUCAGAAGUAUUUUUAUAUUGGCAAAUCUGGCUCUGUGGACAACAGCGUGUGAUUCCCCGAGUGACUGAAUCAUGCAUUUGUCAGUGCCCCGCUGUUCCUGUUGGCAUGUUCUGUUUUGCCUCGGCGCCCUGUUGGACAGUGGUUGUUGCACGUGGACAUCCGGUGCUCAGUACCGAUAUUCUCCGGCAUUGCAAGUCAAAACCAGGGAGUCCCUCACAAGCCUUAAAAGAAACUGGUGCUCUGUACCCAUCACUCGCACUGUGUCUUGUCAAGUUCAGAAUGGCACUUUCCUGCAGAGGGUGUACCAGAACUGUCACUGGGCUGCAGGCUGCUCCGGAGGAAGUUAUAGGACUGUUGUCCGACCCACCUAUAGACUCAGCUACAAGACGGUGACCACACUAGAGUGGAGAUGCUGUCCAGGAUACAGAGGACCAAGCUGUGAUGAGGGUCCUACAUCCUUGGCUGAGGUACAGGAUGCCCCACGCACCAGUACUGUUGUUCGAAAAUUGCCCUCUAGACAAGAGUCUAGCUUCUCAGGAUGCUUAAACUGCAGUCAGAUUCCAGAGCUCACUGUACGUCUCAGCUCCUUGGAAGCAAAGGUUGCAAUAAUCUUGGCUUCUGAUACUGCACUAACCAAUGGAUCACCUCCUGAAUCAUCUGGACUGUUGGGAAGUCCAUCAGCACGUGGUAGUCCUGGGGAGGUGGGCAUGAAGGGGUCUAUACUGCAUCAAGAAAAAGGUUCUUUCUUAGCUCAUGAAGGUAUAAAUACUAGGAAGGGACCUAUAGGCCCAAUGGGUACUCCAGAAAGCCAGUGGUCACCAGGAAUGACAGGUCCAGUUGGACCUCCAGGUCCCCCUGGCGCUCCAGGACCCCCAGGACAGGACGGACCAGCAGGUGCUCCUGGGGAGAGAGGUCCCCCUGGACCAUCAGGCCCUCCUGCUCCAGCUAUGCAGAGACUAGUAGAUCAGGAUCUGUUUAAUUUAAAUCGUUUUACUGAGACUGGAAGGCAUCCCAUUCAGGGGCCAAGGGGUCCCCCAGGCCCAUCAGGGCCUCCAGGACCUCAGGGACAAGCAGGACCACCAGGACCAAUAGGAAAAAAUGGGUUACCUGGCCCACCCGGAAAAGAUGGUCCCGGAGGGGAAAAAGGAGACCCCGGUACACCUGGCCUUCCAGGGGAGUCUGGGGCAAAAGGGGAAAUGGGUCCUCCUGGGCUGAGAGGUGAACCCGGGGAGAAAGGAGAGCCGAAACAGACCCAGGGUCUGGAACAGAACCCUCGCCAACCGGAGCCAGUGGAUUCUACCGGGGAAGGCGUAAUGGUCCAUUGUUUCACAGAAAUCUACCAUCACAAAAUGAUGAGGAAGAAGAUGAGAACUAUUGAUUAUUUCACUAUGCCAUUGGCAACCUUACUAGGAGUUUAUAUCCAGUGUGGCUCGUAUUUGUACCUUGUUUUCAUACUCUUAAAGAGAAAAGGGCAAGUCCAAGGGUUUGUGGUUUUCUGGAUACAUGUUCAUGGUCCAGAUUUAAGGAUAUUACUGCGCGAAUACACAUGAAGCAUCCAUGUUUUUGGUUUUACCAUAUACGUGCUCCAGCAUGCACCUAGCGUUUCUGCUGGCUGAGGCAAAAACUAAAACGGCGCCCCCCAUGCCGAUUUCUUAACCUAACCCCUUUGCCACAAUGAAAGCGCUCAGUGCCCAUGACCCUUCUACUGCCCCCUCUUGCCCCUUCCUGGUGCUGCCUGAGGAGAUCGCCUCACCUGGCCUCAUUGAUGGCGCACCCUUUCCCAGUUGGAAACCUUGAACGCAUUACCAUGUCAUGUAUUGUGUUACAACAGAACAAUCGCUUUUUUGUAUUGUGUGAAUAUGUAGGGGAAUUAUUGAAGAGCAUGGGCAUGGAACUUAAAUUAUUGCCUACAAUAAAAUGGUAGCUUUUGCUAGUAUUUUCUACAGAGGCACCAGCUUGUAAAGUCAUAGGCCAGCUAUUUCAAAAGACGUGUCACAAUGGCUCAAUUUUCUUUCUGUUACGUAGAUGCUUCAUCUAUUGAAAUAGCAAUACAUCUGUUAUACAAAAUCACAACCAAGAAGUGUUACCCGGCGGACAUGAAGUGGAAUGAGAAAGAACUGUUAAAGAGCACCUGUCCGCAGUAUCAACUUUAUUAAAGCGGGCAUACUCCUUGAUAAGGGUUGAUCCUGCUGGUUAACAUGAUACCUGUCCAGUCAACAUGGUUGUGGCAUUCCUGAGAAAGAAUACUUAUUUUUUAUGCAAAUCAGGGCUUCAGUGCACUUGAGGGGCGGGGCAUAGCCUCUCAGUGCACUACAGCUCCUCAGUUUUCCAGAGCUGGCCACACCCCUCAGUACGUUAAAGCCAUCAUUUGCAUAAAGAAUAAAAGUCAGGAAUGCCACAACUGAUUCACACAAGACAGGUAUCAUUUUAAUCAGAAGAAUCAACCGUACCAGGCAGUAUGCUUGGUUUAAUAGGGGUUAUCCGGCCGAUAGGUGCUUUUUAAAGGGGCUCAGUCACUGCAUUUUCACAAAUUUAAAGAGAAUGUGUCAUCAGCAAAUUGCCUAUUGUUUAAAUCAGGUUUUUACUUUAAUCAUAUUUUAAAUUACUGCAGUUAUCCGCUUAUCUGUCUAAUCCUGCCUGUAAUGAUAUCACCUCUGCAUAUAGAUAAGACAGGAUCCACCAUAAAUGAUACGUGAUUGUCAAAGCUUAUCUACUCCUUGCGUGUAAAAUGACCUCUUCACAUUUCACAGGGCAUGCCUAGAAAACUCUCCCAUAUAAGUCAAUAGGGUGAGCUCAGACCAUUGUGUUUAUGACCGUAUGGCUGCCGUAAAGUCAUUUUUUUAAUGCUUUCUAAAAGCCCCUUUAACACUGCUUAAAUGAGCAGACGAUUGUUGGGAAAGAAGCGUUCCUUCCUGAGAAUCGCUUGCUUGUCAGUGGAGGAGACCACUGUAUUUACAUGCAGCAGAUAACUGGCAGAUACAUUUUUGGGCGAAACAUUCUCUUUUCCUGAUGCCCUAUAGUUCACAUAUACAUUUUUCCAAAACAUAUGUUUGCAGGGCACAAAGAACAUAAGAAAUUCAUGAAAAUGCAGCGACACACUCCCUCUAAUAAUAGAGAUUAUGAGGAAGGCAGCGAGUAUUCCUGAGGUUAGUUCGGAUAUAAUAAUCUGCUUUACAUUAAAGAAAACAAUGGCAGGUCAUGGAACAGAGGCUGAAAAACUGAUGAUGUGAUAGUGUUGAUGAGAGGAGGUGUAAUAUCAUUUCUUGUGUACACAUGUAUUAUUUGAAAUCCACAAUAGGAAAAAAGUCUAGUUGUAUAAACAAAAUAAAACUUUUUUAUUGAA